AUGUCGAAGCGUCCCUCCUCCCCUUCAUUGGAAGGCAAGUCGGCCGCCGCUGCCGUUCCUUCCACAUCCUCUCCCCUCGGUCAACGUCAACGAACCGGAGCCGAUGCAACAUCACAACUCAACCGCGUCAAAGAUGCUGACGACGACGAUGACAUGGGCGAGUUCGAGGAUCAAUUCGAAGAUGAAUUCGAAGAGGAGGACGCCGAAGCAGUUAUUGCAGCUCGCGAUUCUGACGACGACGGCGAGACAAUGCAAGUUGACGGCAUGAAAGUCGACGGCAAGAUUCAACGUCCCGAAGAUGACGAAGCAGACGGUGCGGAACCCGAAGCACAAGUCUACAUUCCAGGUGCUACCAAGCUCGAAGAAGGUCAAACUCUCGAAGCUGAUCAGUCUGCAUACGAGAUGUUGCACCGUCUCAACGUCACAUGGCCCUGUCUCUCUUUCGACCACCUCAAGGAUCACCUCGGCAACGAUCGCCAAAGCUAUCCGCAUACUUCCUACAUGGUUGCUGGUACCCAGGCUGAUACCGCCUCCAGAAACGAGAUCCUCGUCAUGAAGGCUAGUUCCCUCCACAAGACUCAGAAUGAUGAUGGUCUCUCCGACGACGAAGACGAUGACGAAAACGAUCUGGACGACGACGCAAUCCUAGAAUACAAGUCCAUUUCUGUUGUUGGCGGCAUCAACCGUGUCCGUGCCGCACCAACCUCUACUCCCGUAUCCGACCUCGAGCCUUGCCUUGACCCAUACCCUGUCGCUGCAUGGUCCGAAGUCGGCGAUGUAAAGAUCUUCGAUGUUCGUCCUUUGCUCAACUCUCUCGAUCGUCCCGGUGCCUCUUACGAUUCUCGCAAAGUCAACACGCCGAUGUUCACAGUCAAAGCGCACAAUGGUGUCGAAGGAUACGCUAUGGACUGGGCAGGCGUUGUCAACGGAGGCUCCACCGUUGGCGGUAAAGCUUCUUCCCUCCGCCUCCUAACCGGUGACAUCCACUCAAAAAUCUUCCUCACAACCGCAGGCAAUGCAGGUUUCAUCACCAACCCAACCCCUUUCACAUCCCACACCUCCUCAGUCGAAGACCUCCAAUGGUCCCCCAAAGAACCCACCGUCUUCGCAUCCUGUUCCGCCGAUCGCUCCAUCCGAGUCUGGGACGUCCGUGUCAAAAAUCGUCGCAGCGUCAUCUCAGUCGAAAAUUCCCACUCCCAAGAUGUAAACGUUAUCUCCUGGAACCGUGGCACAGACUACCUUCUCGUAUCCGGUGGCGAUGAAGGCUCACUCAAGGUAUGGGAUCUGCGACACUUCAAACCAAACUCAUCCUCCGCUCCAAGCCCGGUGGCACACUUCGACUGGCACAAAGCACCCAUCUCUUCGGUCGAAUGGCAUCCUACCGAAGACUCGAUCUUCGCUGCUUCUGGUCGUGAUGAUCAGGUAACACUAUGGGAUUUGAGUGUGGAACAGGACGAUGAUGAAGUACAGCAGAGCGCACAGGUCGGGUUGAAAGAUGUUCCUCCGCAACUGCUGUUCUGCCAUCAUGGUGUCAGUGAUUGUAAAGAGUUGCAUUGGCAUCCUCAGGUUCCGGGCAUGUUGGCAACCACUAGUUUGGAUGGCUUUAAUAUUUUUAAGACCAUCUCGGUCUGA